AUGAAUUCAACUGCUUUUUACUUCUCCCUGUCUGGCUUCGGGGUCAUGGCCGACUUCAGGGCUACUAUCCUCACUUUGACUUUCCUUUGCUACAUUGCUAUCCUGGUGGUGAACGUGUCUCUGAUUCUGACUGUCGUCCUGGACAGCAGCCUUCAUCAGCCCAUGUACAUUAUCGUCUGCAACCUCUGCCUGAACGCGCUGUGGGGAACGGCUGGCUUUUAUCCCAAAUUUCUCAUCGAUUUACAGUCUUACGUUCAAGUUAUAUCAUAUGCAGGCUGCUUUGUUCAAAUCUUCAUCAUUUACACGUACGUGAUGAACGAUUACUCCAUCCUAGCGCUGAUGGCGUACGACAGGUAUGUGGCCAUAUGUCAGCCGCUGGAGUACCACUGCCUCAUGUCCACGCAGAGGACGGCGCUGCUGGUGGUGCUGGCUUGGUGCGUUCCUCUAAGCUGGGGGGCUGUGCUCAUCUACAUGUCUUUGAGAUUGAAAUUAUGUGGCAGGCACAUACAGAAACUCUACUGCGAGAACUGGUCCAUCGUGAAACUGUCCUGCACGGAGACAACAGCCAACAACAUCGUCGGCCUGAUCAUCAUCAGCUUCUACAUCUUGCAUGCCCUUGUUAUUAUGGUCUCGUAUGUGCGGCUGGUGUUGAUGGCGUUGAAGACCAAAGAAGGGAGGAGAAAGUUUUCCCAGACUUGUGUUCCACAUUUGCUAUGUCUGCUCAACGUCACGGCCGCGCUGCUCUUUGACGUUAUGUACUCCCGAUACGGAUCCACGUCGGUGCAGCAGAGUUUAAAGAACUUCAUGGCCCUGCAGUUCCUUGUCAUGCCUCCUCUGGUGAACCCCAUUAUUUACGGGCUUAUCCUGACAAAAAUUCGGGACAGAAUGGCGGCUUUGUGUGUGACCGCCUGUCACAGACUCAGGAACGCUGCAUGCCACAAAAUUAGAAAGCCACAGUCCACUUUCAGCCCAAACUAA